AUGCAGCGUGAAGUAAUGGUGAUCGAUGAACAGAUUUUAAUAGUGGGUGGUGGUAUAUCCGGUCUCUCAACGGCUUUGGGGCUUCACAGGUUGGGAAUUCGAAGCCUGGUUUUGGAAUCAUCGGACAGUUUAAGGAUCUCUGGGUUUGCUCUUACCAUGUGGAGUAAUGCCUGGAGGGCCCUUGAUGCCCUCGGCAUUGGAGAGUAUCUCAGGACUAAGUCUGUACAAAUUCAUGGGUUUCAGAUUUUUUCUCCGGAAUCAAGCCUGCCCUCUUCAGAGAAACCCCGCCAAGCAGAAGUGAAUUUGGGCAACACCGAAGUCAGAUGUGUGAAAAGGAAAGAUUUACUAGAAACCUUGGAGAAAGAACUCCCGAAAGGAACUAUUAGAUAUUCUUCCAAGCUCGUUUCCAUAGAGCAAUCAGGGAACUUCAAAUUGGUGCACCUUGCAGAUGGUUCAGUUAUCAAAACCAAGGUCUUGAUUGGAUGUGAUGGAAUCAAUUCAACGGUGGCAAAAUGGUUGGGACUUCAGAAUCCGGUUAAUGUUGGACGAUCAGCAAUUAGAGGCUUUCUUAACUACCCCAAUGGCCAUGGCUUUGAGGCGAAGUUCCACACAUAUUUUGGAGGAGGAGUCCGUUAUGGUUUUAUUCCUUGUGAUGACAAGAGCAUAUAUUGGUUUUGCACGCUUACUGCAUCGAUUUUCAAUUAUGAUGAAAAUGAGCAAAAUCCACUCAAAAUGAAGCAAUUUGUAUUAAGCAAUAUUCAGAAUGCACCAAAACGAGUAUCUGAUAUUGUAGAGAGAACCGAGCUAGAUUGCAUUUCUUAUGCUCCUCUAAAGUUCAGAUCACCAUGGAAUAUUUUACUUGGACAUAUUGUUCAAGACAAUGUUUGCGUAGUUGGCGAUGCCCUUCAUCCCAUGACACCUGAUAUUGGUCAAGGUGGGUGUUCGGCUUUAGAAGAUAGUGUCAUUCUUGCAAAAUGCCUUGCAGAAGCUUUAUUGACAAAGGCAUCUGACAACGCUGAAGAAGAUGGAGAAUAUGGGAAAAUGGAAAGGGGGCUGCAAAAGUACGCAAAAGAGAGGAGAUGGAGAAGUUUUAGUCUCAUUAGCAUGGCCUACAUUGUUGGAAUGAUACAAGAGAGCAAUGGCAAGGUGAUGAGUUUCUUGAGGAAAUCCUUUUUGUCUAAAUAUUCUGUUGGGAUUGUGACGAAAAUGGCUGAUUUUGAUUGUGGGAAGCUAAUGAUUUCUUAA